CCUCAUGUCGGCGAUGUAUAGGUUCGAGUGUAUUGCAUCACUACAGAAGAUACCGAUGAGACUGGUUGCUCUGAACGUGCUUUUGAUAGCCGCUGGGGCUUAUGCUGACUCGUGUCUUAGAAGUGAAGAACAGAACUGCUGUAGCGAUGGUCAUGGCCUCAACUACACUUUACCCAUGUUCACCCCGUGCCAGACGAUAAUGGAUGGUGGGUUAGCGGUUCAAACCAUCCCAAAGCUCAUCCAAGUUCCUCACGUGACCCAAUGUAGGAGGAAGAAGGAGCUUGGAAUCCCCUUCGGAAACAGAAUCUGUCGCCUGCCCGACUGUAAGAACGGCCCAUGCACACAAGGCUGGUGCGAAGAAACGAUGACGGGAUAUCGGUGCCACCCUAUCGCUGACAACGAAGACGUCAACACCACCCCUCUUACCACCUCCAUCACUACAAUAGCCAGCACCGCUUCUCCUACUACCAACAACACCGCCACUACCCCCACAACCACCAGCAAUAUCACUGAUGAAACUACUACUGGGCCUUUGCCAACAACUACCCGGGCAUCGGCCACAACAUUUACGUCACCAUCGUCAACCCGACACACGACAACGCCUCCUCAACAGAUUUGCCAAUCGAAUCCUUGUCUGAACGGAGGGACUUGCAAAACUAUUCUCGUCACAAACUUACAGCAAGCUUUUGAAUGUGAAUGCUCGCGAGAUUUCUACGGACAAUUAUGCGAAUGUUCUACACUUUUCACACCCGAUGUGGACACUAGUAGAACUUACACUUUUCCAAACUUGUGGAUCCGUGGCAAUGUGACAUCAUUUGACUUUAUGGUUAGCGCAGACAAUGAUGCACACAUUGGCCUAUUCCCGAGUAACACCACAGAUGAGAAAUACGAAUUAGCUAUCGGUGGAUGGGUGAAUACCGGUGGACAAAUCGUACGAGGUAGCCAUCCCGCUAGCUGGGACAUAUUAUAUCCUCAUACCUCUAAUGUUAGUCUCUCCCAAAUACCAGAAUUCGAUCAUUACCAGCUAUCGUUUGCCAACGGACACAUUCAGCUAAGCCAUUAUGAUAACGGUACGGUAGUAAUGGAGGCCCAGGAUUCCCAACAACCGCUUCAAGUCUCCUAUAUAGGAAUUUGGACUGGCUUCGGAUCAGUUGGUUAUUGGAGAUUCCCGACGUUCUGCCCAUCAGGCAUACCAGCCAUGACCCGUUCCCGACAAAUUAGCCAAUCAUACAUGCAGAUAUCAGAUUCUGUCAUACAAGGAAAUUAAAAUAUUAAAACUUAGUACGUAAUUUAUCUCGUUAAUAUGAUUAUUGUAAUCAGUAACGGAGUAUAGGUAAUUAACAACAACCUUCUUAUUCAUUAAUUUCUCUUAUACGCGAUAAAAAGAGUUAAAAUUUACAAAUCAUGGAAACAUUUCAUUUAAAAAGAUAAGGUCAUUUUCGCAAAUUUAUUGUUGAAAAGCAGUACCUGUUGUUUCAACAAAAUGAGAUUGUUUACUGUUUUAUGUAUUAAAAAAAACAAUCUCUUUUCAUAUUUUUUUCAUGAUUACCGGUAUUUAUUUGCAAUUUCAAAAAAUUUAUUAUAGCUUGAAAGGCAUCGUUCUCUGUCAAUAAAAAUAAAACUUUUCAAUUGCAGGAUAAAAUAGGUUCGCAUUGAAUUGUUUAUGCACGAUUUUUCCCUCUGUUCUAUACUUUAAUCUCCAUUAUUUUUUUUUUGUAUUUUGUCAGAAAGAAUUCAAUCCCAUUGUCCAUCCAUCCAUUGUUUUCCCCAAAAUAUUGAACUAAAAACGCAAAAUAUAUCCAAUAUUGAAACUAAAAAGAUGCAGGAAUUACCACACACAUUAUGUUGUUAUUUGUAUUUGGAAUCAUAGAACACGGUUCAUUAAACCGAGAAAAGGGGUGUAUAUUUCUCUUAUAAAAAUCAACGGGAAUGUG